AAACAGGGAGGAACGCGGGUGUAGGUGGAGGACCCGCGACUCGAGCCACAUCAGGCCGAGCUGAGGGCGUCCCUCUGCGGGGGAGCAGCGGGACGCGGCCCGGGCGGCGGUGAUGGAACCGGGCGGGGCGUCGCAGCGCAGCGGCCGGUCCGCGGAGACCUGCUGGAGGGGUCACAUCGUCCGGCAGCUGAAGCACCGGGACCGGAGCCAGAACGCCAUGUUCCAAGACCUGAUCCGGUUCUACACUCAGCUGCUGGAGAAAACCAGUCUGACCAAAGGACGUCUGAGCAGAUGCCCCUCGACCUAUGGCGGCGCCUCUCUCUCGUCUCUGCUGCAGCAGAACAGUGAGCUGAAGAAGACGACAGGAGAGUUGGCCUAUCAGGUGGUGGAGCUGCAGCAGCAGAUUGGCAGCAAAGAAUGUGUCCUGCAGGAGCAACGUGCCAGGCUGCAGGAGGAGGAGUCUCGGCUGACAGAUGCGUUUGAUGAACGUCAGGCACUGCAGGGGCGGGUGGAGCAGGUUAAGGUGGAGAACAGGAGACAGAAGACGGAGUAUGAUGCUCUGCUGGAGCGCCAGAGCAGGGUGGAGUCGAGGCUCAGGGAGGAGAAGGUUCAAGAAGAACACAAGCUGGAGGACAUGAUGUACCUGAAGAAGCAGGCUGCUGCCCACAUGAACAUCUGCAACAAACGCCGGUCCAGAGCUCGACAGGCGACCCUGCAGAAGGAGCUGCAGACAGCUGCCAAGUCAAAGGUCACCGUGGACAGUUCGUCCAGCGCUCCGUCCUCCAGGUCCACGUCUCCGAAGGCCGACCCGCAGGACGAGUCCAGCAGAAGAGCUCCAGCCUGUCUCUUCAGGUCGGUGUCGGCGACGUCACAGAGGAACCGAGCCUCCUUCUUUCCUUCGCUUCACCUGUUUGAGAGGAAGAGGCGGAGCUACUCAGUCAGCUUGGAGGAGGAUCAGCUGUUUCCUGUUGGGGUGUGUUUGUCAGCCAGAGUUCCUGCUAGAGCUCUGCAGGUCCUGGAGGCCCACGAGGAAGGCAUCAACGCCGUGCGGUUCAGCUUCGGCUCGGACCUGCUGGCCACCGGAGGGACGGACCGGGUCAUUAAGGUGUGGGAGGUCCGAGCAGGCUCACUGACCCACAGAACCACACUGGAUGGCAGCACCGAGGGCAUCACCUGCGUGGAGUUCGACCCCACGGGUCGAAGGAUCCUCGCAUCAUCUUAUGAUAGAUCGGCUCUGCUGUGGCAGCUGGACGCCUCUGUUCCCAAGGUGACUCUAACGGGUCACAGCAGGAAGGUAACAGCGGCCCGGUUCACCUGCAUCCCCCACCAGGUGGUGACAGGAAGUCAAGAUCGAACCGUCCGGCUGUGGGACCUUCACCGAGCAGCCUGUGUGCAGCAGGUGGAGGCGGGGUCAUACUGCACGGACCUGGUCUGUUCUGAGAGCAGCAUCAUCAGCGGACAUUAUGACUCCAAGAUCCGAGUUUGGGACCAGAGGGCAGUGAGCUGCGUUCAGGAGCUUCCUGCUCAGGGUCGCGUCACCUCAUUGGACCUGAGCUCCGACCGGCGCCAGCUGCUCAGCUGUUGCCGCGACGACUGCUUGCAGCUGAUGGACCUGAGGAGGUGGAGCAACGAGCGUGUGUGCUUCAGGGCUGAAGGCUUCAAAUGUGGCAGCGACAGCACCAAGGCUGUCAUCAGCCCCGACUGCAGCUACCUGGCAGCCGGAUCAGCUGACGGAGCCGUCUACAUCUGGAACAUCUCCACCGGCAGCCUGGAGACUCGCCUACCUGACAAACACAGAGCGUCCAUCAGCGCCGUGUCCUGGUCACUGACUGGAGAAUACGUCAUCAGCGUGGACAAGAGCAGGCGUGCCGUCCUGUGGAGCGACAUUUGAAUUGGUUGGUCCUGCUGCAACUCCAGUUGUCAUGGCAACAGGCUGAUCUGAGAGCAGCUUUGGGGAACAUUUACGGGUUGUUUUUUUACAUUUACUGUUUGCUUUUAUUUUUUUUUAAAGCUACUCAUUAUCAGACAGAACGGCAGUGAGACAUUUUUAAUAAUUUCUAAAAUAAUAAUGGAAC